CAACUUUCAUUUUCAUCUUUUGAGGUCGACUCCUGACGAGGUGAAGAGGACAGGUGGCACUGAGAGAGUUGCUCUUAUACUGUAUACUGGAGGGGCAGGGGCCAGUUCGACUUAUUUGGUCUGGCUGGCUGGCUGGCUGGCUGGCUGGCUGGCUGGCUGGCGUGCACAGGGGUAGUAAAAAGGCGUCGAUCACUCCUGGUUAGGGUGCGAGCCCGGGUCGAGCAACGAAGCGCCGUCAGAGUGGCGUCGUGGUGCGAAACAUCACAUUUCCCAAUAGGAGAAGGAAUAAAUCGUUUCUGUAGAGUUAGAAACAUCGCAAUACCGGCGGAAAGACUCGGUAAAAAGAGUAAAUAGGAGUAGCAAUGUAGUUGAAAAAUAGAAAACAAUUAGCCCUAAUGAUAGAUUAAUUGGAAAAUUAUUGUUCAUCGAACAAUAAUGUACAGUCAAUUGUCCAGGUCAACGACUACUUUGGACGGGCACGUGCUGCUAAUUAGUGGUAAAUUGCAAUCGAACAUUUUCAGAAUUGAACAGUAGUGGUAGAGAAGAGUGAGUUUUCAUUGGGUUUGCUCUUCAAAUUGAGUUUGUAAAAAUCAACUCGUUGGACGAAAAAUUGCUCGGCUACGGGAGAGACAGAAAGUAACAGGUGUAGGGGAGACGGAAAAAGAAUGCUAUAAUUACCAGGAGAAAAGAGGCUAAAGAGAAGUAGAAAUUCUACCUGGGAAACAUAGAAUAAAACUUGGGAUGCGGUGAUGGCUCUGUUGUACAGAUUCGUGCAACUACCGGAUCGUGGUGGGACGCGAGUCUUUUCAUUUGUUGUUACCAAGAGUGUGGUACGAGAUCCGGAAAGAGAUAUUACUAGUAAAGAGCUAGUUUGUGGAUUUCAAAAAUGGGCAGUUGCCUUCUCCCGAGGGGAUAAGGUACUUGGUGUCUAUUUAGUCUGGCGUGGUGCGGCACCAGGUUUGCGCGUCUACGUAGAUUUUAUCUUCACGCUCCUCAAUCGCGAACACUUUUCUGUGAACGAAGGUUUCUCAGGAAAACGCGUCAAGUUUACGUACGAUGCGCCAGCCCAGGGUAACCGCAAUUAUAUACCAAUUGCGGACCUUUACAGCCGCAAUUUCGCUGAUCCAAAUGGAGAAUUCCAAUUGGAGUUAUCCAUGGCGAAUGUGCGAACAGUUUUUACGGCAGAAGUCCGAAUGCUAACAGGAGUUUUUGCAGGAGUCCAACAGAAAGCAAAUAAACUCGAGACAGGUUAUUUUACAUUUGGUGGUUUUGAUUGGAAUCUUGCUAUCUAUCCGCAAGGAAAGAAGGAGGGGGAGGUUAGACAGGAAGGUGGUGGUGGUGGUGGUGGUGGUUGCCUCAGUGUUUAUUUGGUUCGUCUGACGGGUUUUGAUCAUCGAUGUCGUGUACGUUACAGCGUAGCUCUGGGUGAGGGAGAACGACAGAUGGAGUCAGGUCAGAUUGAGGAUUUUUCGGACGCAGAGGGUCAAGGUUUCGGUUGGCAUCCACGUGUUCAUUGGGCGGACGUAGCUCAUAGGGGUAUUCUGCCACUAACUGUCGAAAUGGUUGAAGCGAGAACGAUUUCUGAAGUUGUUGUGCAAGCUUUGGGACCUGCGAUCCUUCCUGCAGCACCAUGCUAUGACAGGGAUACACAAGCUUGGGCCAUCCGGGCAGAUCUUCACUCUGAUACUGUUCGUCUUCAUCUCAUUUACAAAGAUAUUCACAACGUCCCGAGAAAUCAUUUGCGUUAUAUUAGUUGGUCAGCGUUUCUUAUGCGGGGAGAUGAAGCUGAUGCAGAAGGAAUCCUUCUUCCUGGUAGCCCAUUUUCUCGAUACUAUGCACAAGAACCUACAGACGAGGGGAUUAUUAUGGAAACAAGUUUGAGGGUGAAUGAAGUAAACAACAACCACUGUCCCUUCUUGACGGAAAAAGGACAGCUGAGACUUCGUUUGGAGUGGUAUGAGAGUCAUCUCCUUUUUCAAGCUACCUAUCAUAAAUAUGAUGAUGUCUGUCGCGUUCACAAUCAACAAAUGCGAAGAGAGAUUGCAACCCUUCAGGCGGAAAAUUAUAGUCUUGAACGUCAGCUAUUUAGUUAUCAAAAGUCACUGGCUUAUACGCAAGCGCAGCAUCAAGAAGAAGCGGAGCAGCCGAGUCCACCGAAUUCGCAGCAGCAUUCAGGUGGUCAUGUGGUUGAUGGUCUUGAAAGAUCAGCUUCAACAGACACUGAAUACGCCUGAC